GGACUCGACACGCACACGCACGCACGCGCGCGCGCACACACAGACUACACACACACACACACACACACACACACAUACAUACACAUACAGAUGGAGUCCAGAGGAGCUAGACGCCAUACCUAAGUCCGAUCGAACUCAUAUAAAAACUGAGGAAAUACCAAAACCAGGAUUUUAUUAUUAUUAUUAUUAUUCUUUUAUUUUAUUAUUAUUUUUUUUAUUUUGCAUGACUGCUAUUCAGUCGUGGCGCAACACGAGCAGGACUUUGGAUAUUACGUUUGUUUUUUUUUUUUCCUCCGCAGUGGAAAAGGAUCCAGUCGAUCCACCCCCGAGUGUGUGUGUGAUUCGAGAGAAGAGAAGAGGAUCAGUGCAGUGCAGUAGGACGGUGUUGUGUUUUUCCCCCCUGCAGUUGAACUCUGGGUCCAAUUGAGGAACACAAACCCUGCAGCUCGUCGCACGUCUCCUCUGCUUCACUCUUAUUUCGUGCUGCAUCCGCGUUUCAAUUUCCUUCUCGAUCGAUUCUUCAUUUAUUAUUAUUUUUAUUGUUGUUGCUUUUGAGCACGUCGGGAGAUUUCAGUUGACGCCAUUUUCCCCUCAUAAACACCGUUUUUAUCCGCUUGCAAACUUGUCAUCUGUGAUCACGUUCAUGUCACCGAAUGGAUUUGUUUUUAAGGACGUGACCGCGCGCUUCGGAAAUGGUUUCACACCAGGAGAUGCAUACAUUUGCAAGAUUUGUACGAUUCAAGCAGCAAUAGACAAGAUCCGUCACAUCCCUUACUGACUGAACACGAUCCAUUGUCAGCGGCACCCCCUUUGUGUCAUCUUGGCUCCCUUCUGGUUCCCACGUCUUGAACCAAGUCUUGAUGGAGCAAAGGGACUUAACUCGGCCUUCGCGGCCCAAAGGGAACGAGGAGUUCUUCACUGUGACCACCAUCAACAGGGCUGAUCUCAACGAGGUGGGCCUUCUGGCCACCCCACUGAAGGGGCUUGGUCUGGCCGGUGAGCAGCAAGAGCAUGAGGAGGAUGAAGACCUCGGCCUGGGUAAAGACAUGGACAUCACUUCCAAUGCAGACAGCGAGAAGUGGGUGCAGGGGGACAGCCUGGAGGAGCAGGAGUUCUCAAUUAAAGAGGCAAGUUUCUCAGAAGGCAGUCUCAAACUGAAGAUACAAACCACCAAGCGGGCCAAAAAGCCACCCAAGAGCCUGGAGAACUACAUCUGUCCACCUGAGAUUCGCGUCACUAUCAAACAACCUGGGGAGCAGAAGACAUCCAAGCAUGGCAAGAGCACUAAAGGUGGAAAGGAAGAAGACAGGGGACCCCCCAGAAAAAGGACCUAUGAGAGGCCUUUCAGAGUUGUGGCUCAAAAUGACAACAACAUGAUGGAUGUCCUUGGGGAGAACCUAAGACCAAAAUAUGAGCCAAAAUCUGACAUUCACCAACUGGAUUGGACAAAGCCAACAUUAAGAGAGUCAACAUCCCAAGGGGACCAAGCGAGAGAUCCGGAAUCAAAACAAGAAUCAACAUUCAAUAACAAGAGCCUUCUGUCAGAGGUCAACACCCCCUUCUCAAAGGCACAAGUUAAAAAGGUCACAGAAGGUUCAUCUGGAAGUCUGUUUGCCUCGGAAAUGACUUGUCCAGGUUCUGACUCACAGGCUACUUCUCCAGCUGAUAUAACAAUGAGUGCACUAGCAGAAUCAAAUAUGUUGAUACACUCUUCGGUAAGCAAAGAUAGAGGUUUGCAGGAGGUCACUGAGCAAGUCUUUGGGAACAUCAAACGGAAGUAUGGCAGAAGGGCUUUGACCACCAAUACUGGAGACCUUCCCUGGGCAAAAAAGAUGGACAAAGAGAGUGAAAAAACCGCUCAAGACAAUACAAAGAAUAAACUGUUUAACUCUGAAAAAACUGAGACUCACAGGGAAGAUGCAGAAAAAUCAAUGAAGAGGAUAGAGGAUGACUUUAAAACAUUACCGAACUGUGUUCCACAUCACACAGAUGAACCUAAAAUCAGAAAAAAGAAAAGCAGAAGAUUAACUGAAGAUAACUUUGUGGAAGAAAUACACACCACACAGACAGUAGAAGUGAAAGAUAAGGUUGAUCAAGGUGCUACAAAACCUAAAGUAGCAAACAAAAUGGAAUUGAGUACAGGAAAGCAAUUUGGGGUAGAUUCACAUAAGUUGGGGGAAGAGAGUGCAGCAGCAGGGCCAACUGUGGAAAUUUCUGAGAAUAGACUCAAGAAGAACCCAGUUGGGAGACCACAAUCGUUGUUCGAUCCAGAGAAGCAAGCAGAUGGGAGGCAAUCAAAGUUCAAGGACAGAUGGGUUUAUUUGAAAUCUAAGAGCUCUGUUCUCCACAAAGAUCUUAAUCCAGCGUUGCUCAUUGAAGAGCCACCCUCUGCUUUCCCCAUAACGCCAUCCAGCCCACUAUACACCAACACAAACAGUCUGACAGUCAUCACCCCAAUAAAGAAAAAACGCGGUAGGCCUAAAAAACAACCACUACUUACCGUGGAGACAAUUCAUGAAGGAACAUCAACCAGUCCUGUAAGUCCUAUCAACCAAGAUUCACCUAGCACUUCAAAGAGGAGGAGAAAGAAGCGUAAUUUGUCAAAAAUAAUGCAGCAGGCCUUAAAUAAUUCUCCAACUUUACCAGAGGUGAAAUGUAAGAGAACAGUUCAGGUUGGAAUCCUUAAAAGGAAAAUUACUAAAAACGUGAAACUGGUUAAAAUGCAGAGCAUUUUGAAUGAGCUUCUGUCCUCUUCUAACACUGGUAACCUGGCUUUGAAAUCCAGUGUUCCGGUUUCCAGUGCCGUGUCGAGUGUGGCAUCGACAAUUGAGGCCCGUUUAGGCAAGCAAAUCAACGUCAGCAAACGUGGAACUAUUUACAUAGGCAAAAAAAGAGGGAGGAAGCCCAAAGCUGAGCUUCAGACUCAGCAAGAUGAGCACAAAGCCAAUGAUGAGCACUUGUUGCCUGUUUCAAGUCAGUUUGAGAACCUUCUAGUGCCUUCUACUUCAUCAACAACCAGAAUGCCUUCUCCCAGGGUCAUGCAGUCUCUCUCAGCUCAGUCCUUAGCAGGUGGACUAGCACACCAUGCCACCACAGAAACCAGCCAGCAUGACCUGAAGACCAUGCCAAAUCUACAGCCUAUCAGUGCUUUGCCCACAAAAACUCAGAAGGGUUUGCUCAGUAGUAGCUGGAAACUCUCUCCUCCAAGACUUAUGGCCAACUCACCGUCUCAUCUGUCUGAGGUGGCAUCCAUCAAAGAGGUCACUCUGUCUCCAGUUAGCGAGUCCCAUAGUGAAGAGACAAUCCCAAGUGAUAGUGGCAUUGGUACUGAUAAUAACAGCACAUCAGAUCAGACUGAGAAAGGUCCAGCAUCUCGCAGGAGAUACUCCUUUGAUCUUUGUGGUUUUGAAGCAGCAGAGGCUGCUGUGCUGGAAGCUACAAAUAAAACAAACAGAGGGCACUAUCAGAAGCAUACAACAUCAGUGGCUAUGGAAAAUUUCCUUGCUCAAGAAAGCCUCAAGAAACAGAAACACAGAAGGAAGCGAAAAGGUCUAACAAGUAGGGAUGAUCUUCAGUUUCUGGCUGACCUUGAGGAACUCAUUAGCAAGUUCCAGGUCUUCCGAAUUUCCCACCGCAGCUACAAGUUUUACCAUGAGAACUCUUACCCUAGCAUUUUUCGCCUAAACUUUGACCACUACUACCCUAUGCCAUACUACCCCUAUGAUCCUGUGCACUAUCUUUGCAGGAGUUCUGAAAAGUCAAAGAGAAGACGUGGCAGGCCAGCCAAAUCAGCUGAACCUAUAACAAAGAUGCCUUUCAUUCAAGGAUUUGGCUACUCAGCAGCCAGUGGCAAUUACUAUGCACCCUACGCAAUGCCUUACACAGCCAUGCCUCUUGCCACAAGUAUGAUGAACAUGGGGUAUUAUGGGCAGUAUCCUCCUCCUUUGUAUCUGUCCCAUGCACUCGGAUCUUCAGGCACUCAUCUCAUGCGGCCUCCUGUUCCUCCACCAAAGUUCCACUCUGGUGGGUUCUCUAGCCUCUCUGCUGGCAGCAGACAUAGGAUGAAGAACAUGCCCAAUGAGAUGUCAUCUCCCAGGAUGGGUGAUGCUCAUCAUCCUUCAAGCAGCUGUUUAGCGAGUGUCUGUCUCCACAAACGCAAACACAAGCAUAAGCACAAACAUAAGGAGGACCAGCACUCAGUCCCACAGAGAGAGAACCUGGGUGGACUCUUUAGUGGAGCCCUGCCCCUUUCUAAGAUAAAGGAUAAGCAGAGGAGCCAACAAAAUAUGGAAACUUCAUCCAAGACAUCCAGGAACUACUUUGAAGUAGACACACUCUCAUCGUUGUCUUUAUCUGACUCUCAGAACUGUAAACAUCCUCGAGAAGAGCCACUGAACAACUUCCUGAACAUGUGCACUAAGCAACCGCAUGAACGGCUGCGAGCCAACCAGGAUCAGCCACUGGACCCAUUCAAGGGCCAGCACUUACAAGAUGAGGGUUCUCACAUCCGGAGUAGGAGGCAUAGUUUGGAAGACUUUACAACAUACAGUGAAGGGGGCAUGGCACCUUUCCAGAACGAAACAGAAGAAAGGAUGAAGCAGAUGUACCAUUGUGGUAACACAGCCAUCACAGAUCUGGGCUCCUACAAGCAGAGGUACAAGCAGAAGGAGAUUGAGGAGAUGCAGAGUAAUGUGCGGAAGAAGCACGCGUUCUCCAAGAUCCUCACCAGCAAGAGAAGCCUAGACCACGUCAACAAGAUCCUGAAGGUUAAGCGGCUUCAGCGGCAGGCCAAGACGGGCAACAAUGUGGUGAAGAGGCGGAGGGGGAGGCCACGAAAGCAGGCACUUGUCCCCAACGAAGGCUUCUUGCCUCAGAUGCCAGUGCUGGAAAAGUGCAUGGACUUUCCAGGCAAAAGGAAUCUGCACGGCAGCCCGAUGCUCACCCAGCCAGAUUUCACCCACCACGACUCUAUCACAGAUGCCAUCGAGGCAGUGGUACACCAGGCCCGUGCACAGCCCAAUCCACAGACCUCACAGAUGGCUAAACCCUAUUCUAAAUAUCAGCCAGAGGAGCAGCUAGAGCGGCCAGUACGGCGAGGAAGGGGAAGCAGAAGGGAUGAACCGGCUUCUCAUUAAGAGUUUCAUUAACAGUGCACUGUGAGUUCAACUUGCACUCCAACCUUUGGAUAAUUUCUAGGCAUUAUUGUUGUCUUUUCUUUUUAAUCAGCUCUACUGAACUGUACUUCAUGGGCAUUCUAUGAGAAUCAUGAAUGUGGUAUAAAAAGUGCCCCACUUUCACUCUGUAUAUGCCAUCACCACAUGCUUUUUUAAUGGAAAUGUUCUUGUGUUGAGCUUUUUAUUCUCCCAAAGCCCAUAAGGAUUUUGAAACUAUGGCUAGAGCCAUGAUCUUACCAGCAAGUGUAAAUGACAUUUUUUUGAACUUCUAAUACAGUACUGUGCACUUUUGGGGUUUCUUUGCCUUUUUGGUUCUCUCAAGUCAAAGCACAGUUAAAGAUCAGUAUCAUGAAACUGGUCAGCUCUCUCUCUGUCUCUCUCUCUCUCUCUCUCUCUCUCUCUCUCUCUCUCUCUCUCACACACACACACACACACACACACACACACACACUUUCUUGCCUGCGCUCAGGUUUGUUCCGGGCAUGAACUAAUGGCAAUACCCUUGAAUUGAAUGAGACUCUUCUACUAUCUUCGAUGGCUAUAGUUUAAUUGUACAUAGCAACGUAAUCUACAAACAUUACAAAGUGAAAGUAUUUUAGAUUUACCUGUACUGUCACCAUAUCAACUAGAAACCUGUACAAUAUUCAAAUAAUGUUUUAACCAAAUAUUAGAAAUAGAUGUGACAUACAAAAGCUUGUGUUCAAAAUGCAAAUGAUACCUACAGUAUUUAUAAAUCACACCAUAACGAAGUGGAUGCAUCACAGAUUGAAGGAUUGUAUUAGACAAUGGCAGUGUGUAAAGUCAAACCUUCAAAAAAAAAAAAUCCCUCAGCUAUAUACAUUAUACAAUAUAUACGUCGUUCAUCAUGCAUGAAAAAAAAAUCCUAUUCUUGCAUUUAAAAGCAACACAGCACUUACUCCAGUCUCCUUUCACGUAUUACAGAAUAGUAUUACACAUUGUCCGUUGAUUAUUUUUCAUCUGAAUAACCAACAAUAUCUGGAAAAUAUUUUUAGUAAUAUCAGUUAGUUAUUAGCAGUGAUUUCAGUCAGUUGCUUGACAAACACAGUAACUGAGAUGCCUUUCCAGAGUCUAUUCGAGAACGUGCCUGCUCAUAGUAGUAAAAUAAAAAUAAUAUUACUUUAUUACUUAUAAAGUAAUUGAAUAUAUUGACCUAAUGGUCAGUAUUAGAUAUCCACACAACCAAAGGUUCAGUCGUGUUGUAGUUCAAUAUUCUAGGUGGAUUUUGGUUUCGGUAGGUGCUUGUAGAAAGUGUAACGAAUGGAAAUGUGUGGAUCUGAGACUUUAGGCUUCAUUACUGUAUACAGUUUAGCAUCUGAAACCAGGCUUCAGUAUAGUGCAGUGGUUCUACGCUCUUUUUAGAAAUGUAUAUUCAAACGGUCUUAAUGCAGAAAGUUGUGUGGUUUAUUUCUCAGUUGUUUCAUAUAUGUGCCUUAUGUUUGUCAAUAAGUCCAUAAACAUUUCAGCUACAGGGAACUAUGAAUGACAAGAAAUAAUGUUGAACUUACACAUAUAUUAUUAGUAUCCACACAUGGACAUGAAUGUACAUAUGCCUGCUCUUUUAUCCCUGCUCCGUAGAUCUGUUAUUUGUUUAGACGCACUUACGCAGAUAAGUUCAGAUGGGUCUUAUUAAAACGAUUCGCUCUCUAGGUAGCUUUCUGAUGUGAGAUAACGGUUUAUUGAUUCAAAACCGAACGGUCUGUGUUGGAAAAUGGAGAUCAGACAUGCAAUGAAACAAGGCCAAACUGUGCUUGUGACAAUUCAAACAAGACCACAACACAUCAAAAAAAAAAAAAAGAAAAAAAAAACAACAGGUACGAAAUGUCCAAACAAACUUUCCAGCACCAGUUAAGGGUUAUUACCACGUGUGCGUUCUAAAUUACUAUGCAUCGGGUUCUACCUGCAAAUUGACAGACAAGAAAUGACUUUUUUAAGACUUUUUUUUUUUGCUCAGUUCACUUCAAUUUGUCAAAAAGUGGUCUUACUGAAUCUAAUCUAUAACCUGUAUCUUUCUUUCGUUCUUUCUUUCUUUCUUUUUUUUUUUUGCAAACAAGUGACUAUCAUUUUAUUUUUAUUAUUAUUUUUUUUUAUUUUUAAUAUUUUGCAAAUCAUAAUGCUGCAUAAGGCAGAAAGAAAUCAGCCACUGAGCAGCGGAGCCUUAAUCAUGUUACAUUACAUUCAACAAAGUAAACUCUGUAAAUAGUAGAAUCACCUGUCUGUUACUGAACAGCUCACAAUGUGGACUAGCUCUUCUUGUUAGGAAUAAUGCCGGAAAUUAGGACAUACCUUAGCCCAAAGCCUAUUUCUACACAGUUUAAAUGAUCAUAUUGUCAGAGCAGAACAUGGAGUCAGAGAAUGACGUAUGGUGCAUAAGAGCCAAGUCAGAUUUGGCAGCUAUUCUCUUCUGCCUGUGGAACUACAUUGGACACUUCAUGUUUCUCCUGUUUAGGACUGGCACCUCGAACCACCUGGACACUUUGCCAAAAAAGAAGACAUCUAUCACUCAGAGCUAAAGUGAAAAAGUAAACCAAAUUGUAUUCAGUAGCAGUAUUCCAAAACAGUACCAUCAGUCUUUAGUUUAUUAAGGAGGUGUUAAUAACAAGGUGUUUGGCAGCUCAUAUUUUUCUCUACCAGCUGAUUAAAUGGUGCCUUGUGAAAUUAAGGUGUUUUAUUAUUUGAUGAUUUUUUUCCCCCUGACAUUCUGGCUGUUCAAUAAUCGUAACUCAUUAGACUGUUUUGUGUCAUGUAAAUAUUGUGACCUGAAUAGGUACAAAGGUUUAUUCUGUUGCUAUGACUUCAUUAUCAAGAUCACAUCAUAAAAACCAUCGGUUUCAUCCCAAUAUUAGCUACAUCUUCAUGUAUUCAAGCUAUUGAAGAAAUUUCCAGUUCAAAUGAAGUAUUAAUUGAAGGGUAACAUACUCAAAAAGGGCACAACAUGAGCUAAAUUCUGCAUUUUUUUUUAAAUAGGUACUAUGACCAUUUUUGAUAAUGCUUUACAUUUUCUGAACCUGCAUGCCCUAAUUGAUUGUAUGCACACAAAUUUUGAAGAUUAUCGAAUUUCAAUUUGAGAUCUUAUACAUUGUUUGAUAAGUUUUUUGAAUAACUAAUUUUUAAUUCAUAAAACAUUUUUGUAAAUUGUAUGAAUAUGAAAAAAAGGAAGCAAUUAAAGGACAUAUAUAGGAAAGAAUAAAUAUUGUGAUACGCAAGCGUAUGCAUUGUACAUAAAUGUAUGUAGGAAUACGCCCUCAUGUUUUUGUGUCCCUGUGUAUACACACGUUUAAAGAUAUGUAUACUGCACUGUACAUAUGUACAUACAUUUAAGCUCGCAUGUGUUUGGUCAUCUUUGUUGUUCAUGAUCUUGUAGAGAGUUCUUUUUUUUUUUUUUAUUAUUUCUCUUUCAAGUUCAACUUUCUGUGCAACCAUCUCAGUGCAGUAUUGAGCACUUAAAUACACUUGAUCUUGCUCAUGUCAUUCAUUGUGCAAAAAAAUAAUAAAAAGGAAAAGGAAUUUAUCAAAUUUA